GAGCAAACUGCAGGCAGUGGGAUGCACGGGCGCCCGGGAGGCCCCCUUGUUGCAGAGCCAAGAGGAACUGGACGCCUUUCUGGAACUGCAGCGCCUAGGUGGCCAGCCCUCCCGCGUGGGUCAGAGUUGCUGUCAUCCGUCUGCUGGCCCUUUGGACCACUCGGCCCCUGGCAUGCUUUCCAAGUCUGUAUCCAUGAGCGGCAUCAGUUGCCUCUUGGGCUGCUCUGAUCCAGCUGCAGGGAAUUUCUACCAGUCCUCUGCCACUGACCUCAGCCAAAGCUGUAGCCGACUGGAACGGGGCUCAGGAAUCUGGGCAGGCUCCCCACUGCAGCGCACCCUCAGCUUCCUCCUGGGCAUGACCGGAAAGGCCAAGACCCGGGAAAAGGAGAAGAUGAAGGAAGCCAAGGAUGCCCGCUAUACCAACGGGCACCUCUUCACCACCAUCUCCGUCUCGGGCAUGACCAUGUGCUAUGCCUGUAACAAGAGCAUCACGGCCAAGGAGGCCCUCAUCUGCCCAACCUGCAACGUGACCAUCCACAACCGCUGUAAAGACACGCUGGCCAACUGCACCAAGGUCAAGCAGAAGCAGCAGAAAGCCGCCCUGCUGAAGAACAACACCGCCCUGCAGUCCGUUUCCCUCCGCAGUAAGACCACCCCCCGGGAGCGGCCAAGCUCUGCCAUCUACCCCUCCGACAGCUUCCGGCAAUCCCUGCUAGGUUCCCGCCGCGGCCGCUCCUCCUUGUCGCUAGCCAAGAGUGUCUCCACCACCAACAUCGCUGGACACUUCAGUGACGAGUCGCCCCUGGGGCUGCGCCGAAUCCUGUCCCAGUCCACAGACUCCCUCAACAUGCGGAACCGAGCCCUGUCCGUGGAGUCCCUCAUGGAUGAAGGUGCAGAGGUGUUCUACAGCGAGCUGAUGAGUGACUUUGAGACAGACGAGAGGGACUUCGCAGCCGACUCGUGGAGCUUGGCCGUGGACAGCAGCUUCCUGCAGCAGCAGAAGAAGGAGGUGAUGAAGCAGCAGGAUGUCAUCUACGAACUCAUCCAGACGGAGCUGCGCCACGUGCGGACGCUGAAGAUCAUGACCCGCCUCUUCCGCACGGGGAUGCUGGAAGAGCUGCAGCUCGAGCCGGGGCUGGUGCAGGGGCUGUUCCCUUGCGCGGAUGAGCUCAGUGACAUCCACACGCGCUUCCUCAGCCAGCUGCUAGAGCGCCGACGCCAGGCCCUGUGCCCUGGAAGCACCCGCAACUUCGUCAUCUAUCGCUUGGGUGACCUGCUCAUCACCCAGUUCUCAGGUCCCAGUGCGGAGCAGAUGCGUAAGACCUACUCGGAGUUCUGCAGCCGCCACACCAAGGCCUUAAAGCUUUAUAAGGAGCUGUAUGCCCGCGACAAAAGGUUUCAGCAGUUCAUCCGGAAGGUGACCCGCUCGGCCGUGCUCAAGAGGCAUGGGGUACAAGAGUGCAUCCUGCUGGUGACCCAGCGCAUCACCAAGUACCCGGUGCUCAUCAACCGGAUCCUGCAGCACUCCCACGGGACGGAGGAGGAGCGCCAGGACCUGACCACGGCACUGGGGCUGGUGAAGGAGCUGCUGUCCAACGUGGACCAGGAUGUGCACGAGCUGGAGAAGGGAGCCCGCCUGCAGGAGAUCUACCACCGUAUGGACCCUCGGGCCCAGGCCCCGGUGCCUGGCAAGGGCCCGUUCGGCCGAGAGGAGCUUCUGCGGCGCAAGCUUAUCCACGAUGGUUGCCUGCUCUGGAAGACAGCAACUGGCCGCUUCAAAGACGUCCUGAUGCUGCUGAUGACAGACGUGCUGCUGUUUCUGCAGGAGAAGGACCAGAAGUACAUCUUUCCCGCCCUGGACAAGCCCUCGGUGGUAUCACUGCAGAAUCUAAUUGUGCGAGACAUCGCCAACCAGGAGAAAGGGAUGUUUCUGAUCAGCGCCACACCCCCUGAGAUGUAUGAGGUCCACACGGCAUCCCGGGAUGACCGGAGCACCUGGAUCCGAGUCAUUCAGCAGAGUGUGCGCGUGUGGCCCAUGGAGAGGCACACGCACCGGGAAAUUCGGAUGAUGGGUGUGAAGAAAAGCAGGGGGUCGGGAGUGAGUGAAGCCAGGGCUUGGGGCUGGUGCCCAUCCAGAGAGGACUUCCCCCUGAUUGAGACAGAGCACGAGGCUUACCUGCGCCGAAUCAAGAUGGAGCUGCAACAGAAAGACCAGGCCCUGGUUGAGCUGCUGCAGGAGAAGGUCGGGCUGUUCGCCGAAAUGACCCAUUUCCAGGUGGAGGAGGAUGGUGGUGGGUUGACCCUGCCCGCCCUACCCAGGGGCCUUUUCCGCUCCGAGUCCCUGGAGUCCCCCCGUGGCGAGCGGCUGCUGCAGGAUGCCAUCCGUGAGGUGGAGGGUCUGAAAGACCUCCUGGUGGGGCCUGGAGUAGAACUGCUCCUGACACCCCGGGAACCAGCCUUGCCCGUGGACCAGGAUGGCGGCGGUAGCACGAGUCCUGGGGUCACUGCCAAUGGUGAGCCCAGAACCUUCAAUGGCUCGAUUGAGCUCUGCAGAACCGACUCAGACUCCAGCCAGAAGGACCGGAAUGGAAAUCAGCUGAGAGCCCCCCAGGAGGAGGCGUUACAGCGGUUGGUCAAUCUCUACGGACUUCUGCACGGCCUCCAGGCGGCCGUGGCGCAGCAGGACACGCUGGUGGAAGCGCGGCUCCCCGAGGGCGCCGAGCGGCGGGAGAAGCUGGCCCGCGCCAACUCUGCCAACUCGCGGGACGGAGAGGCCGGCCGAGCCGGGCCCGCCCCCGCGGCGCCGGACAAGCAGGCCACCGAGCUGGCGCUGCUGCAGCGGCAGCACGCUCUGCUGCAGGAGGAGCUGCGGCGCUGCCGGCGGCUGGGCGAGGAGCGCGCCACCGAGGCGGGCAGCCUGGAGGCGCGGCUGCGCGAGAGCGAGCAGGCCCGCGCCCGGCUGGAGCGGGAGGCCGACGAGGCCCGCAGGCAGCUGGCCGCCCUGGGCCAGAGCGAGCCGCCCCCGGCCGAGGCCCCCUGGGCCCGCAGGCCCCUGGACCCGCGGCGCCGCAGCCUCCCCGCGGGCGACGCCCUGUACCUGAGCUUCACGCCCCCGCAGCCCAGCCGAGGCCACGACCGCCUGGAUUUGUCUGUGACCAUUCGCUCUGUCCACCGACCCUUUGAGGACCGAGACAGACAGGAGCUGGGCAGCCCCGACGAGCGGCUGCAGGACAGCAGCGACGCGGACACGGGCAGCGAGGAGGAGGGGGGCAGCCGCCUGUCCCCGCCCCACAGUCCGCGAGCCGCAGGGUACCUUCUGUCGUCGGGAGGAUCCAGAGCAGACUUCACCCGAAUGCAGGACAUCCCGGAAGAGAUCGAGAGUCGCGACGGGGAGCCUGUGGCUUCAGAGAGCUAAGGGGGCCCCUGCCCCGUCCGGUGCCCCCAGGAAGAACACAGCGAGGGACGCGGACCUUGGGGACUGCAACCUGCCAAUGGCGAGGGCACAUUCAAAAGAACUGCUGACCCCCUGCCAGCUCUUGGGCUCCUCGGACACCUGCGGCCCCCGGGAAGCUGCAGGGCUUGGGCCACAGUGCCCCCUGCUGGCAUCCGGGAGCUACACCGCAGAUGCCACGUUUUCAUGCCUUCUUCCCUCUACUUUAGGAAAAUUUAUUUAUUUAUUGUUUAUUAGUUACACAGGGAGUGGGGAGAUUUAGAGGACCAGGGACACGGGAACCAAGCCAUAGGGAUCGGGGGCCUUGUCCUGUAACACUACUGGGGUUUAUCAGGCUUAACCCCGCGGCCGCUGGGUUCUAGCCCCGACGCGCCUCCCCAGCAACACCGUCUUUGGGGAGAGGCUGCUGCGCCGCCAGACCCUUCCGGAAGGGCUGUGGGCGGCCGUGCCCCCUCCCCUCCCCCGCUAACUGCUGUUCUCCCUUCUCUCCAUCCUCGCUGGAGAGCCCAGGGAGACAGCCUGGCUCCCCGGAGUCGGAGGCAAUGGAGUAGAGGUCGAGGGGGCCACGAUGGCUCUGUUGGGGGGUGAGGGGAAAGCCCACGGGACCAGAAUGUUUUUUGUUGUUGUUUUCUUUUUUGUACCAAAGCCAGCUGCACGUGUUUUGUAUUUUUAAGAGAUGAUUGUAGGCAAUUAGAAAUCACAGCCUUCUAUUUCUGCUUAUCAGAAGAGCUUGAGGGGUGGGGGGGGGGAACGGCGUCCCCUCAUCUGCAGUAACGGGGGACCUACUCUGACCUCUCCUCCAGCCGUUUGGAAAACAUGUUGUAGGGUGAGUUGGGAAAUCUCUGUGAACCUUGACCUCAUCCCCACCUCAGCAACCAUGACUGAAGCCUCAGCGUGAAUUGGGGGGUUUUCCAGUGGCCCCCCAGUGCCCACCAGCCCCAGCCAUUUUCUGCCCAUUUGAUUGUUUAAGAAAAAAAAAAGAAAAGAAAAGAUAAAGCAGGGAAAAUUAAAGACCUGGACCCCCACGAA